AUGUCACUAUUUAAUGCCGCUAUUUUAGCUAUAACAAAAGAAGUUGUACAGCCGUACGAAGAAUAUGUUCACAAGAAAAAAUAUGAACAAGAAAGGGAACAAAAUAAUCUUAUAUAUCCUCAUUAUGAUGGUAUAAUAAGUUUUGAUACAUUACAUAAAUCACUUCUUGUUUGGGGUAAGCUUGGAGAUGUUGACACGGAAAUUCAAGACGACAAGACAAUUCACAAAGAAUCAAACAUGAUUAAUGAUGCUAAUAAUAGUUCCCAAUCGGUGCAAUACAAUAAUCUUCUGGAAGGGAAACAAAGUUUGCGACAUCAUCCUCUCAUUUAUGUGAAAACCUUAAGUGGGCAAAUAUUAAAUCUUAAUCCUCAAUUAUUAGACAGAGUUGAGAAAGUCAAAGAAUUGAUUAGAGAAAAAAUAGCAAUCCCAGUUGAACAUCAACGAUUAAUUUUUCAAGGCAGAACUCUUGCAAAUUAUAAAAGUCUAAUUGAAUACGAAGUUACAGAAAAAUCCACUCUAUAUCUAUUUUUAUCUUUACAUGGUGGUUGCAAACCAUCAGUCUUGUCUCUUGACACCACUCAUUUAGACCCACGCUUUGAUCGUGAUCUCUCGAAUGUCUUUGAUUCUAACGAUGAAAAAUUCAUGCGCGGAAAUUACCGAUACAAACGUCCAUGCGGUUGGAAUAGAAAGGCGCUUAAGGUUCUUAAUAAAUAUGGAUCUAAUAACGCAUGGCUUGGUCCUUACUCUGUUAAUAAUCGUUAUAAUUCUUACGACAACGAAUGGCCUGUUUCAUACCACGGAACCGACAAAAGCAAUUGCAACUCGAUUGCUAAAGAAGGCUAUAAAUUAAGUAAAGGAAAACGAUUUGCAUACGGCCAUGGCAUUUAUUCGACCCCCGACAUUAACGUCGCUGCGGGAUACGCCUUGAAGUUCAGCCAUGAGAACGAAAGAUACUGCAUUGUUUUCCAGAACCGCGUCAAUCCUACUACUUUGAUUAAAAUUUCAUCGGCAAAUACUGGCUGUGGCGAAUAUUGGAUUUCGCCAAAUGAUGACGAUAUUCGCCCGUACGGUAUUUGUAUAAAAAAG